GCUCCUGUUCCGCUGCUGCAGCCGCAACCGCCAUGGACCCAGUGGAUUUGGCCCGGCGCGGCCCCGGCCCCAGUCUUCGGAGAAGAAAUCACGUGGGGUUGUUCCUGGGCCUGCGCUUGAAGUAUUUCAUCACAGUGGGUCUUUGCUCCCCGGCCUUCUGCCUCUCCCACGUUGCUGUCUCCCAGGAUCCCCUGGAUCCUGCACUGCCUCCCUUCCUGGACUCUAGAAUCAGGCCUGGUGACUGAAGCAAGGUGACCGCUGACUCCUGUUGCCGUGAUAUCCCAAACUGCUGAGCGGAGAGAGAGAGCUUGAUGUCGCAGGCAGUAGAGGAGCCGGCCGGGGACCCUGGAGCCCCAAAGCCAGGAAGCAGCAGUGCCAUGGAGCUGGGGACGUGCCAAGAGCUUUUACAUCGACUUCGGGAACUAGAGGCAGAGAAUUCAGCACUGGCGCAAGCCAAUGAGAACCAGCGAGAGACCUAUGAGCGCUGCCUGGAUGAGGUGGCUAACCAUGUGGUACAGGCUCUUCUGAAUCAGAAGGACUUAAGAGAAGAAUGCAUCAAGUUGAAGAGGAGGGUAUUUGACUUGGAGAGGCAGAACCAGACAUUGAGCACUCUCUUUCAGCAGAAGUUACAGCUUUCAGCAGGUUCUCUUCCACAGCUCCCGCUACACCCGCUGCAGCCCAUCUCCGAGCCUCUGGCCCCCGCGCUCCUGAACGCUGAGGAGGGCCCGGCGGCCCUACUGCCCAUGGGGCCCCGCCCCGGACCCAAAGAGGUAGGCUGUGAGCAGCAGCAGCAGCAGCAGGUGGCUCUGGGGGGCCUGGGACCCCCGCUGGAUGCCCUUUCCCCGUUUCUGAAGAAAAAGGCUCAGAUCCUAGAGGUGCUGAGAAGCCUGGAAGAGACGGACCCUCUGUUGCUGCACCCCCCCACGGCCUCCUGGCGGGCAGCGGGGCAGCGCCCCCAGGGGGAGCCUGGCCUCCACCCCGACUGUUCCCUGAAGGGCAAGGCGGGUGAAAAGUGGAGCCCCGGGGAGCGGCUGGGCUCCCCAGAACCGGUCAACGGUGAGGUGUGUACGCCACCUCUGCCGGAGCCUGCCCCGUGGGCAUCCUGCCUGCUCCUGGGCCCCAGCAGCCUGGGGGGACUGCUCCGGUGGGAGCCCGUGCUGGGGAGCCCCCGCGCAGAGGAGGAGAAGCUGGGGAGGCUUUGGGGCACAGGCCGGGAGCCCCAGAGGUCCCCGGCACCCCAGCCCAGCCUCCACAGCGGCCCUGGCAGCAGCAGUAGCUCCUCUUCCGAUGAGGCCGGGGAGCCGGGGGAGGCCCUGACACCUGCCGCCCUGCUCAACGCCCUGGCCCGGAAGCAGCUGAACCUGGGCCAGUUGCUGGAGGACACGGAAUCUUACCUCCAGGCCUUCCUUUCGGGGGCCGGGGGACCCCACAGCGGAGACACGACCCCCGCCUACGGCCCCGGCUCGGGGCAGCCACCCUUGCCCGGCGAGGCCCCGAGAGCCAAAGGCCUCCCCAAGGCAGCCUGGGGCGGGGGCGGCCCCGAGCCUCUCAGGCCGGGCUUCAGCACUACCUCAGAGGGUGACGGGGCCGUCCCCUUCCUCAGCGUGUUUGUGGGGGGAGGAGACAGCUCUGCGGGCCCAGGCCCCUGGCCCAGCUACCCCCAUUCCUCAUCUCAGGUGAAAAGCGAGCUCCAAAUUAGCCCCUCGUCCCCCCUCGAGACCCAGGACCUCUCCUUCUCCCCUCCCAAGAGCCUCAACUUCCUGAAGCUGUCUCUGGCCCCGGAGAAGGCCCCAAGCCCCGGCACCCCCCAUCUCAGUCCCCAGUUGGCCCGAAGCUCCCGCAUCCCUUGCUGGAACGGCGGGCCAGAGGGCAGCCCUUCCCCCCUGCUUCCCCACCGUGGCCUUGGGGGCGAGCUGUCUCCCGAGAGGGUGGCCCGGAGCCAGCCCGGCGGCGCGCCGCCCGUCAUCGUCGUGGACGCCCUCCCGCUGAGGCCCGCCCCUGCGGGCCCCCCCUCCGUCCUCUCCGAGCCCCCCGCGUGUCCGAGCCCGGCCCGCUACGGAGACGUCCUGGACCUUUCCGCCAGCUCCUUUGCGGGGCCCUCUCCGGAGCCCCCCGUCUCCCCGCUGCAGUCGUCCGGCUACCCCCAGCUGGCCCCGGAGACACGAGACCAGGCUCCCCGGGGCGCACCCGGCCCCUGCCCGUACGGGGGUGCCCAGGGGAAGGGUGCCGAGAAGGCUGGACAAGAAUCUCCCCAGGCCGGCUGGAAGAGCACGGGCGGCUCCUCCAAGAGGCCAGGCAACGGCGUGGGGAGACGGCCUGGGGAGCCGGGCUGCCCGCCUCUCCGGGAGCGGCUGGCGGUCCUGGGCAAGGCAAAGCCGGGCUCGGAGGGAGCGCCGAGCGGCGGCGACAAGAACGGGAGCCCCGGAAAAGCCGGGGCCGAGAGAGCCCGGCCCCCGGGGAGGCCGAGGGAAGGGGCCGGGGAGCCCGCGGAGGCCAAGGCGCCCCCGCGGGGGGCGGUGCCCUCGGGCACCAGCAGCCUAAAGCAGCCAGACCCCGGGGACCCCGGGCCCCGCUGCUACUCCUCCCACUCCAUGGGCGCCCGGCUCGACCUGGACCCCGUGUCUCCUCGCGGCUGCCUCACCAAAGUGGAGCUGGCCAAAAGCCGGCUGGCAGGGGCGCUGUGCCCUCAGACCCCUCGGACCCCGGUCAAGCUGCCCACCACCGUGCCCAGCCCAGGCAAGCCCAACAAGAGCCCCCACGGCAGCCCCACCAAGCUGCCCUCCAAGUCCCCCACCAAGGUGGCUCCGCGGGGGGCGUCCCCCCAAGUGCCCAAGGAGAAGGGCAAGGGGCCCCCGUGGGCGGAGGGCGGCCCCCCCUCCCAGCCCGUGCCCAAAGCGGGGGGCCCCGAGGGGCCGGCGCCGCACUCGGCCAUCGAGGAGAAGGUCAUGAAGGGCAUCGAGGAGAACGUGCUGCGGCUGCAGGGCCAGGACCGGGCCCCGAGCGCCGAGGCCAAGCACCGCAACUCGAGCAGCAUCGUCAGCUGGUUCGGCCUGAAGAAGAGCAAGCUGCCCGCCCUGAGCCGCCGGGCCGAGCCCGGCAAGAGCAAGGACGGGCCGGCGGGGGCGCCCCCGCCCAAGGGGGCCAAGCAGGAGGCCCGCAGGCUGGAGCCGGAGAGCCUCAACAUCUCCAAGCUCAUGGCCAAGGCCGAGGACCUGCGCAAGGCCCUGGAGGAGGAGAAGGCCUACCUGAGCCGGCAGGGCCGGGGACGCCCGGGGGGGCCGGCCCGGGGGCCCGGGGGCAGUGGGGACGCCGUGCUGGGCCAGGCCCAGAGCCAGCUGGCCCUGGUCUACCAGGGGGCCGACACCUUCAUGCAGCAGCUGCUCAACCGGGUAGAUGGGAAGGAGCUGCCCCCUGAGCGCUGGCAGGAGCCCAAGCCGGACUUCAGAGACUUCGCGCCGGCCACUCCCGACGCCAAGGGCCCCCCGGCCCUCCGCAGCCCCCGCAACGGCCUGGUGGCCCAGAGCGCCCACAAGCCCUCCGGGAAGAAGAGCGGCGAGCCAGCGCCCAGGGAAGUGGCCCCUCCUGAGGACGGCCUCGCCGAGCCCAUCCCGGCCCCCAACUUCACAGCCUGCGGCUCCUUGACCCGCACCCUGGACAGCGGCAUCGGCACCUUCCCGCCGCCGGACCACGGCAGCGGCGGAGCCCCCGGCAAAAACCCCCCCAAACCAAAGCCUUCUCGCCUGGACCCGGCCCCCGCGGACCCCUCGGCCCGACCCAACCCCCUCACCAAGGUUCCCCGCCGCGCCAGGACGCUGGACCGGGAGGUGCCCGCCGUGGAAGAGCUGCUGGUGGCCGGGCGGCACCCGAGUGUGCCCACGUUCCAUGCCCUGCUUUCUCCCACGCCCAGGCACCACGGGCACAAGGCCUGCACGGAUGAUUCCAGCGGGCAUCCCGGACGGCCGCCCCCAAUCCAGCUCUCCAAAAACUGGACUUUCCCCAGCACCCGCGCGGGCACCAACGCCUCCGACCCGUUCCUCUGCGCGCCCCAUCAGCUGGAAGGGCUGCCCAGGACCCCGCUGGUCCCCCCCGCGGAGAGGAAGCAGCGUCUAGAGGAAGGGCAGCCUCCGUCGGGCACCCCCGGCCCAGCGUUCAGUGGCAGCCGCACGCCCAGCACCUCGGACAUGGGGGAGGACGGACGGGCGUCUGGGGGGGGCCCUCCUGGCCUGGAGACGUCGGAGUCCCUCAGCGAUUCCCUGUAUGACUCCCUGUCCUCCUGCGGGAGCCAAGGCUGAUGCCGGCCGAGGCGUCCGAGGCGCGCGUCGCCCCCUGCCCAGAACGGGGCCCGGCUUCUGUGGACCAGAAGGGGCUGCUCCACCCGGGGACCCCGUUUGAAGCACACCCGGGAGAAAGAGCUGGAGAAGAAGCUGCGCUGCAGCCCCGCCGACAGCCUGGAUCGCCCGCGUCCAUCUGGUUUUCCUCUUGCUCUUGCCCCGUCUUGGACCCCAGGGGCACUGUGUUAUGGUGCUGGGCCUGCCCCGCUCCCCCGCUGGCCGGACCCCAUGGCCUGGCCACUAGGCCUCCCGUCUAAGCGGCCGCUCCCCGUUUCCCGCCACCCUCCCUGGACGAGGCCAGAACCCUCAGCCGAGGGGGGAGGAGGCCGCGGAGUGUGGCGUCCCCCAUCUCGUCUCCUCCGUGUCCCCUGGCCUCCGGGGGCCUCAUCGCUCUCGUAGAUGGUGCUGUCCUGGCCCCCUCCCCAGGUCUUUGGGGUUCUGUCGUUGGGGAACAGUUUUGUUUAUAUUAAAGUCAUUUCCCCUCCUGCG